AUGGUCUUUUGUUUUGUCAUAGGUAACAGCGUUAAUACUGCUUUCGAGGUUAUAGAAGACGAAAAAACUACCAUUUCAAGACUCAAGGAAAUAAUUUUUGGAAAAAAUCAAAAAUGUUUCAGUGAUAUUGAUGCAAAUAAGUUGCGUCUUUGGAGAGUUAAUAUUCCUUGGGACAGUGGCGAUAAACUGGGAAAACUAGAACUACUUCGAACUAGAUCUUCUAAUGAAGAUAUCAUUAUACAAAAACUCGGAGGCGAACUGUUAUAUCCUAAUAUGGAUAUUGGUAACAUCUUUACGCAGGAUUCCAAAGACAUUCAGAUUAUUGUGCAAUUACCAUCUUUACCUGCUAUCACUGGAAAGAGAAAAAUGGUAGAGGAUGAGGAAGAUGAAUUCCAGGCAAAAAAAGAAAAACUCAAAAGAAUUCAAUUUCAUAUUCCAGCUGGGAUACUACGUGGGAGUUUAGAAAUGCACCAACAAGAUGAGGAAAAGUUUCAAAAUUUAAUAAAUAGCUUACCAAAUAUUAAUAUACAGGAUAAGGUAUUCAAAAUUCCAAGAUUACCAGGAGAUAAUGAAGAUACGUAUAUUUAUAACCGAGAGUGUUAUAAAUAUUUAUGCAAUUUUAUACUCGAAGAUACAAAAUUCAGGCGAUACCUUAUAACUGGAAAUCCAGGUAUUGGGAAAACCUUCUUUGGAAGGUUAAUGCUAAUAGAGCUUCUUAAAAGGAAUAAAUCAGUUUUAUUAGAUUGUGAAACCUUUACAGUUUGGAUUCAUCCUACAGGUGAAAUAUACACUGUAGUGAACAAGACACAAUACAGGCAAAUGGCGGAACAACCAAAUGUUUGGUGUAUAAUCGACGGAAAAAGAGACCAAGUGGGUCAUGAUUUUUCUAAUGGAAAGUUAAUUAUGGUGAGUUCACCAAAGAAAGCAAUAGUCAGAGAUUUUGCAAAACAGUGGUGCAGAAGUCUUUACAUGCCAACAUGGAAUGAGAAUGAGCUUGAAGAAUGUUGGAAUAAUCUAUAUAGAAAAAGUGGAAAAUUUACUCUAAAAUCAGUAAAAGAUAAGUUCAAGUUAUGUGGUGGGAUUGCACAAUGGAUCUUUAAUGAUCAUCAAUCACUGUCAGAUAUUGAUUCAGUUAUCAAGCAAGCGCUUAUAUCAGUUGAACUGAACAUGCUCUAUAAUCAAGCUAAAGACUUCUCAGAUGAUGAAUAUACUUACAAACUAAUUCAUAUAAAUACCAACAUUAAAAGAACAGAUGAAGCUGAACCAUACACCGAAUCCUUCUACUUUUUUGCGUCAGAUAAUGUUGCAAAACAAUGCUUAAAAAAGUUUAAAAAAAAUUAUAAACAGCGUCUUUGUAGUUUUAUUGAGAGUACAAAGAAUAUACCAGAAAUGAGAUCUCUCUGUGAACAGUUAUUCAAAUUAGUAUCACAUGAAAUUCUUCGUCAAGAAAAAGUCUUUCCGGUACAUAAACUCACAGAUGAUGGUAAAUUAGAACCUGAAACAACUAUUACUUUGGAAUCUCUGAAAGAAAUUUUCUUCAAUAAUUUUAGCGAUAUCAAAGAAAAUAUCAGAUAA